CCGAUUGAAAAAUAAUGAAAAAGCUAUUCGUGAAUGAUGGGAAAAAUUAAACGACAGCAAUAAUGCACCUGUAAACAGAAAAAGAAAGCGGGAAGGCAAAGAUCCCGAAGUAGACAAAGUUAUGAACGAAUGGUUUUCUGCUGUUACAGAACGUGGUGUUCGUAUUUCGGGCCCCAUGUUACAGCAGAAAGCUGAAUUUUUUGCUGAAAAAAUUGGACAUGGUAAUUUUAAGGCCACAGAAGGUUGGAUGAGUCGUUGGAAGGACCGGAAUAAUAUUAAAUUCACUCGAAGGAUCAAAAAAGGCUAUGGAUCGUAUAACAGUUUUGUGUUGUCGUAA